AUGAGCAACGGUGUAGAACACAAGGAGAAGCUAGAACAGUUGGCUGGAGUCAGCAGGAGAUCCCUGCACAGGGUCCAACGCGCCACUAGGGGACAGCAGCACGCCUCACACAGGAGGCAGUGCUCUGUAGUGGCAGUAUACAGCCAACAGAGGGUGCCGCCAUCUCUGUCCCACCAGAAGACUCAGGGCCACUACAGCGGCAGGGAUCCAGCACCAACACCUCCAUAUGGGACGUUCCUCCAGAUGAAGGAAAGGAGGAGUACGCAGCCGCUUGUUGUGAGGUGUAAACUGGUGCUGGUUGGAGAGGUCCAAUGCGGAAAAACGGCGAUGUUGCAAGUCCUCGCCAAAGACUGUUAUCCAGAGACGUACGUGCCCACAGUGUUUGAGAACUACACUGCCUGUCUGGAGCUGGAGGAGCAGCGAGUGGAGCUCAGCCUCUGGGACACCUCAGGUUCUCCGUACUAUGACAACGUGAGGCCCCUGUGUUACAGUGACAGUGAUGCAGUGCUAUUGUGUUUUGACAUCAGUCGCCCGGACACUGUGGAUGGAAGCCUCAAAAAGUGGAAGAAUGAGAUCCUGGACUUCUGCCCCAGCACAAGGAUCCUUCUGAUCGGCUGUAAAACUGACCUGCGCACUGAUGUGUGUACUCUGAUGGAGCUGUCCAAUCAAAAACAGACGCCUCUCACCUACGAGCAGGGAGCUGCUAUGGCCAAACAGCUGGGCGCGGAGGCCUACCUGGAAUGCUCGGCCUUCACCUCAGAGAAGAGCAUUCACAGUGUCUUCCGCACUGCAGCGUUGGCCUGUAUCAACAAACUACAGGCCGUUCCAAAACCCAGCCCCACACGACGUCUAUCCAAAAGACUGCUGCACCUCCCCAGCAAGUCAGACCUGCUCUCCUCCACCUUCAAAAAGGAGAAGACCAAAAGCUGCUCGGUGAUGUGA